CCACGUGUGAAUGUGAUAAGGUUGAACUACGGAAGAGACUGUCAAAUGAGCAAAGUCGAGGAAUGUCAUGAUACGGCACAUCAUCCCUUGUCGAAUUGUAUACCAAAAUUAUUUUGUUCCCAAUUGAUAACGAUGUUGUCCAAGCAGGAGACUCAAGAACCGGUCGCGAUUGUGGGAAUGGGAUGCCGAUUUUCCGGCAUCGCCACGUCUCCAAACUCCCUUUGGAAUAUGCUUGAGAAUGGUCUCACCGGAUGGACCAAUGAAGCGGGCGAAAGAUUUCGAAUGGAGGCUUUCAGACAUCCUCAAGCUGAUAUAUCGGGCUCAUUUAAUGCCCGUGGCCUUCACCUUCUCAGGCAGGAUCCGGCUUUGUUUGACAACAGCUUUUUCGGAAUUUCGAAUAUGGAGGCCAAAGCUAUGGAUCCGCAGCAUCGCAUGAUGCUGGAAAUCGCGUACGAAACAUUCGAGAGCGCCGGAGUCUCAAUGGACAGGUUAGCAGGCUCUGAUACCGCAGUCUAUUGUGCCGCAUCGAACCAUGACUACGAAAAGAUUCUGGGGAGAGAUGUUGAAGCAUCUCCAAUGUAUCGCUUUACGGGGACUGGUCCAUCAAUGUUGGCCAAUCGGGUUUCACACAGCUUUGACUUAAGAGGACCCAGUGUGACGCUCGACACUGCCUGCUCCAGCGGUCUGGUUGCUUUGAACGAGGCCUGUAAAGCGAUCCGUGAAGGAGAAGCGACACAAGCCCUUGUUGGCGGAGCCAAUCUCAUUCUUGACCCUGAUCAAAUGACAGUUAUGUCAACCUUGUCAAUGCUCUCAUCGCAUGGACGUUGUUACUCUUUCGACAAGCGCGCCAAUGGAUAUGGAAGGGGCGACGGAGUUGCUGCAGUUCUUCUCAAACCACUUAGUCAAGCUUUGCGAGAUGGAGACACAGUCAGGGCAGUUAUACGCGCUAGUGGAGUCAAUCAGGAUGGAUAUACCCCCGGUAUAACUAUGCCUUCGUAUGAAGCGCAAGUGAGAUUGAUAGAACAAGUGUACGCAAAGGCUAAGUUGAGACCGAGUGAUACGCCUUACGUAGAAUCUCAUGGCACUGGAACGAUACUGGGCGAUCAAAUCGAAGCCCGCGCGUUAGCGGCCACAUUCUGCAAAAGCAGUGAUGGUCGGAAUGUUUUGGUUGGGAGUGUGAAAGCAAACUUAGGUCAUACGGAAAGCGUUUCUGGUUUGGCAGCUGUGAUCAAGACUGUCAUGAUGCUUGAGCGGGGAAUGAUCCCCUCAAACCCAAACUUUUCGCAACCGAAUGACGAAAUUGCGAAAAGUAACUGGAGCUUGAAGAUUCCAGUCCAACUGACCGAAUGGCCGGCACAUGCGAAACGUCGAGCUUCAGUGAACAACUUCGGGUACGGUGGAACAAAUGGCCAUGUCAUCCUAGAAGCGACCACCGUUUACCCUCCGAGCAAGCCAAAUCGAAGUAUUGAAGUAAUGAAGACAUCAGCUACGCCUCGGCUCUUUGUGCUCUCACAUGCGACUGAAUCAGGGCUCAGUACAGCUGUGGCCAAUCUGAAGUCAUACGUUAGUAGGCUAGACGAUUCGCUGGAAACCUUGAACAAUCUAGCCUGGACACUUAGUCGCCGCUCCCACUUAGAAUAUCGGCUUUUCUUCAUCGCCAGCACCCGGCAGGAGCUUCUCGACGAGCUACAGAGACAACAGCAGGACAAGGAUCGAAUCACCGGUUAUAUCACGGCCCCUCGGAUCUGCUUCGUCUUCAGUGGCCAAGGAGCCCAAUGGCCUGGGAUGGCUAGCGAGUUGCUCGCCACAAGCCCUGUUUUUGCGGAGUCAAUGAGAAGAUCAGAAGAAAUACUUUUGCAGUUAGGUGCAGAAUGGCACCUAAUUCAGGAGGUGUGCAAACCACCGAAAAGCUCAAGAAUAAAUGAAGCAGCAUUGUCGCAGCCGGCUUGCACAGCAAUCCAGAUAGCGCUGGUGGACUUGCUACAAUCAUGGAAUGUUCACCCGACCAGCGUCUGCGGGCACAGCUCUGGUGAAAUCGCAGCCGCUUAUGUUGUUGGUAUGCUCUCGGCUGAAGCUGCGAUGCAGGUCGCAUACCAUCGUGGUCGGUGUGCGAUGAAGCUUAAGGAAAGAUACCCGAAGCUCAAAGGCUCAAUGCUUGCAGUGGGACUCUCUGCUACGGAUAUCGAAGAUUAUCUCACCAGUUUUUCAGGCGCAGGCACUGCUGUCGUGGCCUGCGAAAAUUCGCCUCACAGUGUGACACUUUCAGGCGACGCAAGCGCAAUCGCGGCCAUUCAGAAGCAGCUUGCUAAGGAUCGUGUUUUUAAUCGAGCAUUGCUGGUUGAUUCGGCCUAUCACUCACAUCAUAUGGCACUAAUUCGGGAAGAUUACUUUUCCUCGAUCAAAGACAUUGUUUGUAGUGCACCAAAACCCGGCAUUCAUAUGUUUUCGUCGAUCGAUGGUGAAGAAGUCAAAAUCCCUCAAUUGGGCCCUGUUUACUGGUGCGACAACUUGACCUCACCUGUUCGAUUUGUUGAUGCCGUAACAUCAAUGCUACAUGCAGCUCGGAUCAACAAGAAAGACACCGUCGCUAUCAUGGAGAUAGGUCCUCACUCUGCUCUUGCAGGACCGAUCGCACAGAUUAUCAGAGCGACGAACCAGCAAUCAGUCGAAUAUUUAUCGAUAUUGAAACGAGAUCAAAACGCCAGCACUACCACCACCUCCGCUGCCGGGCAGCUAUUCCAAAGUGGUGCCCAAAACCUCAAUCUCGAAGUGAUCAAUAACCCUUGCAACAACGUCGAAAAGAGGCUCCUACCCGAUCUUCCUGCAUACACGUGGACGCACAAGGCCCCACUUUGGAGUGAAUCGAGGAGGAGUCUUUGUUACCGGCGACGUGAAUUGAAUAGGCAUGAUAUACUAGGAACUCCAACAUUCGACAAUGUUCCCUCAGAGCCAACGUGGAGAAACUAUUUCAGUCUCAAAGAACAGCCGUGGCUCGCUGGUCACGUGGUUGGUGGUUCAAUAACCUUCCCGGCAGCUGGAUUUUUAUCCAUGGCGUUGGAGGCUGUCAAGCAAAAGACCCUACACAGUGGCAACGCCUGGAAAAACAUGGUGGUCAAUUUCAGUGAUAUAAGAUUUGAGAGUGCCCUGAUCAUAGCCGAAGAUUCAACCGUGGAAACUGUCACUUCUCUUAGACCUCAUUCGGUUAAAGACUCAUGGUUCGAAUUUUGUGUUUUCUCUGUCUCAGUUCAAGGUGACUCAGUGAGGCACUGUCGAGGUUCCGCGAACGCAGUCCAUCAAGUUGAUAAACAGCGCAGUUUGGCUAUUCCCGGAUCUUUGCAACGUAUUAAGGCAAUUUCGGAACAUUCCCACACCCGAAUGGAUCCUAUCAACUUCUAUCGUCAACUCCGGAAAGUUGGGCUAGACUACACUGGCGUCUUCGCAAACAACAAGGAUAUGCGAGCCUCCCAAUAUACAUCAGUGUGCUCCUUCAAUAUUCCGGAUGUCAAGUCUAUUAUGCCUGAGAAACAUCAACAGCCACACUGCAUACAUCCCUCAACCCUUGAUCUUUGCUUACAAGCCUCGUUUCCGGCGAUGAAAUUAGCAGGUGCUCUCGGAAAUCUUGUGGUUCCUAGUUCCAUCAAAAGUCUGGUACUACACAGUAACAUAUCCUCUAAACCGGGACAAGAACUUUGUGUCUUCGCAGACCUGCUCCAACAACGCCAGUUUAAGACUGUUUUAGAUGUGGUUGUUCAGGACUCUCAUGAAUCAACAGCCCGCACAUUCAUCAAGAUUGAGGGACUGACAAUGGUAAACCCCGGAGGUUCAAAGCGGGUAAUAGAGUCAUCUAGAUCUACUGGGCAGUCUUUGACUCACCGAAUCCAAUGGUCAAUCGACCCGACAUUUCCCAACCCAGAAGCGAUCGAGUCUCAUUGCAAGUUGCCGCAAAAAGAGCUUAGCUCUGUUGGUCAAAAUAGGAUAUGCGAAGAAUACACUCGAGUGUUGUUGCAGUCAACUUUAGCCUCGCUCACGCCAGAUGACGAGCUUAACGUCAAGGGACACCUUGUGAAAUUACUCCAGUGGAUGAAGAACAAAGUUGCCGAAUUUGAAAAAGUAGCAGGGGUGUUCCCUGAUGUUAAUUUGGAAUCGCGUGUCAAAGCAGUCGGGGUACAAGGAGAGGCACUUGCUCGUCUAGCUCCGCAUCUUCGUGCUAUUCUCCUGGGCAAGACGGAUGGUUUGGAGCUACUCAUGCAAGAUGGACUUCUUGACAAGAUGUACAGCUAUGAUAAUCACGAAAGAGGUCAUCGACAGCUCGCAAAAUAUGUUCAAUUACUACAAUUCAAGAAUCCAAACAUGCGCAUUCUCGAAAUAGGAGCAGGUACGGCAAGCACCACGUUGCCAGUUCUCAACGCUCUCGCUGCAAGAUCGGACAGCAAUGGACGCCCCCUGGUAGAUCGAUACACGUUCACUGAUAUCUCAACCGGCUUCUUCGAAAAGGCAAUGAAGAAACUUGACCGUUUUGGUGAUCUGGUCGAAUUCAAGAAACUUGAUAUCGAAUACCCGCCCGGAGAACAAAGCAUUGAACUUGCUUCAUAUGAUCUUGUCAUUGCUGUCAAUGUAGUCCACGCGACUCGAGACAUUGAAAAUACUCUUAAGUCGAUUCGGAGUUUACUAAAGCCACAGGGCCAUCUUGCGCUCAUGGAGAUUACUGUUCCAAUGCUGCAUACCGGCCUGACCUUCGGUACGUUACCGGGAUGGUGGCUUUCAACGGAUGGUAGAAAAGAUGGGCCGCUCAUGAACCCUACUCUUUGGAACAAGAAGCUCCGGAAUAGCGCAUUCACUGGUCUGGAUGUUCAUAUGCCAGACUAUGAGAACGCGUACCACGAGAUCAGCGUUAUCAUAUCCUCGGUAGCCUAUUCGAAACGAUACCAACACGAUCUGGCCCAAAUGCGAGUAAAUAAACCGCGGAUCCCCAGAAUCAUAACAAACGGGCGACAUGAGACCAAUGGAGAUUCUCAAAGCGAAGUGGAAGAUACGAAUGGAGCGAUGGAGCAACAAUCAGAUGAUGUUUCCCAGAAUAGCUCCAUAGGCCAAACGGUCUACAUCGUACACGAGACAUCGGAGAAGAACAUUGCGGAAUUACUAGUCAAGCUCUUCGGUAUUAACGGAGUCAAUGCUAAAUCCUCUCUGCCCCAGUACGCUUUACCGAAAGGCAGUAUCGUGGUGGUUCUCCUGGAGCUCCUAAAACCGUAUCUAAUGAAUUGUAAAGAUGAACAGUGGGAGAAGGUGAGCCAAAUUUGUCAGCACGCUAGGAUGAUUCUCUGGGUGACAUCGGGAGCUGCAAUCGAAUGCGCAAGUCCAAUGAGGUCUCUAGUCACCGGCCUCGCCCGCUGCGUACAAUCCGAAAACCAUGCGAUCAAGUUUAGAACGCUUGAUUUGGAGAGCCAAUCGCAACUCGAGACAACCUUGGAAUGGGAACAUAACCUAGCAAGACACAUCUGCGAUGUUUCUCAACGCCUUCUUAACCCAGAGUACGUCGAUACGUCCACAGAGUGGGAAUUCGCAAUGCGAUCUGGCGCAAUUCUGAUUCCACGCGUUGUUGAGGAUCAUAACACGAACACGUACGUCAAGAAUAGUGUCUCCGAGUUCCACCCGAUUGAUGAGCAUGCACUGGUCUUGGGACGCCCCCUCAGCCUCAACAUCCAAGUGCCCGGACUAUUGGACACGCUAUAUUGGAUGGAUUCUGCAAGACACUCCAGCAGUCUGGGCCGAGAGGAGAUUCGAGUUCAGCUAUCCCACCUCUCUCUCAACUUCCGAGAUAUGAUGGUCGCAAUGGGCCAGCUUGAUGAGUUUACUGCUUUGCUUGUGGAAGGAAGUGGACGUGUGAUGGAGAUAGGAGAAGGCGCCUCCGACCAAUUCGCUAUUGGUGACCUGGUCUACGUUUAUGACUUUGAUGGCCUUGCGACGACGUCAAUAAUCCACAAGACAAGGGCCAGGCGUUUACCACAGGGCAUGAAUUUGGAGCUUGCUGCCGCUACCGGUACCGCCUUUGCUACGGCACUAUACGCACUAAAGACCGUCGCUCAACUUCAAGACACGGAAAGCUUGCUGAUUCAUUCUGGAGCCGGUGCGGUUGGACAAGCGGCAAUCACACUGGCACAAAAGGUCUUCCGAGUCCAGAACAUCUUCGUCACAGUUGGCAAUGAAGAGAAACGCAACUUUGUCAAAGAAAAGUUUGGUAUCGCGGAAGAAAACAUAUUUUCCAGCAGAGGACUGGAGUUCUAUGAUGCGAUACUCAGUCGGACGCGCGGCGAUGGUGUCGACGUUGUGCUGAACUCGCUCAGUGGCGAAGCAUUACAUAAAAGUGUGCAGCUUUUGGCGCCACUAGGUAGGUUCGUAGAAAUUGGAAAGAAGGACCUACUUUCCAUGGAUGCAUUUUUAGAGAUGCGAUCCCUUCGGCACAAUGUGCAAUUUUGUUCGGUCGAUUUGCCAUUGGUCGCGAAGCGACGUCCAGAACUUAUGCAGGACAUUUUACGCACUGUUUUGGAACUCAUUUCUCAGGACAACGUUGCAGCCAUCAGUCCCGUCACUACAAAGCCAAUAUCCGAGGCAGAGGAGGGCUUUAGAUUAAUGCAAACUGGGAAGCAUAUCGGCAAGAUUCUCAUAGAGGUUGAUCAUCGUGCAACCAUAAAGGUGCAACCAGAGAAGCCGAAGGCACCAAAACUCGAUCCAGAGAGCACGUAUCUUGUUGUGGGAGGAACGAGUGGUCUCGGGAAAGUUAUACUUCGGCGUUUCGCUGAUCUCGGAGCUAAGAACCUCGCGACACUCUCUCGGUCGGGCCUGGAUAGCCAAGCAUCACAAGAGAUUGUCGCAGAAAUGGCUUCGAGGGGUGUCGCUCUUAAUGUCUACAAAGGCAGUGUUUCGGAUAGAGACAUGAUCCAAAGACUGAAAGAAUCAUGCGCCGAUCAUCCCAUACGCGGCGUUGUGCAAGGUGCGAUGGUCUUGCGUGACGCGCGAAUCGAGAGCAUGAGGUAUCAGGACUGGCGAAUGGCAAUCGAUCCCAAAGUUCAAGGAACGUGGAAUCUGCAUGAAGUGUUUGGAAACUCCCUGGACUUCUUUCUGUUGCUUUCCAGUAGCGCUGGGGUCAUCGGUUCGAUUGGCCAGGGCAAUUAUGCUGCUGGAAACACCUUCCAAGAUGCCUUCGCUCGUUAUCGGGCGAGCAUUGGACUUCCAGGGUAUGCCAUUGACAUCGGAUUGGUGGAAGGCGAAGGCUACAGUGCGGAAAACGAUGUCGCUGCAGAAUUUGCUCGACGUCAAGGACUCACCUCUUACACACUGGAAGAGUUCAUGGCCAUAAUAGAAAUGGCUAUACAGAACCCUUUGGCGAGCGUCCCCAGUCAGUCGCAGCUUGUCUGUGGAAUACGCAGAUUGGUGAAGGGGUCCACAGCAGAAGGUGCAGGAAUGCAGCGAGACGAUGCGAAAUUCUCUCACAUCUGUGGCAAGGAAGCCACCCAUGAAGUUCGAGAGAAGAAGUCGCUUGGGCAGGUAAAUGUGCGGGAUGCUCUGAGUGUGUGCUCGACGUCUGAGCAGGCUCUUGAGAUCGUCACCGAGACAGUAAAACUUAAACUCACUCGCCUCUUAGCGAUUCCUGCCGAAGACAUUCGACUGGACCGAUCGGUUGCGAGUUAUGGUAUUGAUUCUCUCAUUGCGAUUGAGCUUCGGAACUGGCUUCUGACAGCACUCGAGGCACAGGUGGAGAUCUUUGAGUUGAUGAGCCAGAUACCAUUCUCAGACCUGAUUGUUUUGGUUGCGAAAAGGUCUUGUUUGAUUUUACCGAGCAUGUUUGCCAGUUAGAC